CCCCGCUAGAUGGCGUCACUUCCAGCUCGCCUUCAGUGCUUCGGUGCAGUUUCGUGUGCAAGCAAACAUCCGAGCUUGCUAGCGAGCGAGAGAAGAUCAUCGAGUUUGUUUGUCUUUUAUUUGGCUAUCCUCGCCUUUUGUUCUGCUCUCCACUCCUCGGCGAAGUGAAAGCUGUCUCUGAAAGGAGGCGAGUAUCUGCGUGUGGCAAGUGUAGCGGUGGAAGAAGGAGGUUUUUAGGGGAGGGUUGAGCUGGCUAGCUGGCGCAGGCGAGCCAAGCGGGGCUAGGCAGCAGUAAGGACGGCCAGGGAGAGCCGGGAGCACCGCGGGGAACAACCGCCGCUAGCGCCACAGGGAGUCGGGGCCCGAGAGGGAGCCUGCCAGGCCCCCUCGGCUUGAUGCGCCCUGCCUCACUCCGAGAUGGGGGAGACCAAGAUCAUUUACCACCUGGACGAGCAGGAGACUCCCUAUCUGGUCAAAGUGUCCGUGCCGGCGGACAAAGUCACUUUGGCGGACUUCAAAAAUGUCCUGAAGAAGCCCAAUUACAAGUUCUUCUUCAAGUCUAUGGACGACGACUUCGGGGUGGUAAAAGAGGAAAUAUCGGACGACAACGCCAAGCUGCCCUGCUUUAAUGGACGUGUGGUGUCAUGGCUGGUGUCUGGAGACGGCGCCCAUGCAGAUGCUGGUUCUGCUGGCUCGGUGGGAGACUUGGAGGCAGCGCCCCCUUUGGAGAGGACGGGGGGCAUUGGAGACUCCCGACCACCUUCUUACCACGGGAAAGCAGCAAGCGCACGGAACAGUUUGGAUAACGACACCGAGACGGGCUCGGUGAUGUCGCAGAGAAGAGAGAGGGAGAAAGAGCGGCCCAGGCGGAAACACACCGACCACGGUGGAAAGCAGAAUGGGUUCUCCUCCCGGGUCGCGGCACGUGGCGUCGCAGAGUACGACAGCUCUUCUUUCAUGAGCAGCGAGCUGGAGUCCACUUCCUGCUUUGAUUCAGAGGACGACGACGCAACCAGCAGAUUUAGUAGCUCAACAGAACAGAGCUCCUCUCGCUUGAUGAGACGACACCGGCGCCGUCGGCGGAAACCCAAGGCCUCCAAUCUGGACCGGUCGUCGUCAUUCAGCAGCAUCACAGACUCCACCAUGUCUCUCAACAUAAUCACAGUUACGCUCAACAUGGAGAAGUACAACUUCUUGGGCAUCAGCAUCGUGGGCCAAAGUAACGAGAGAGGAGAUGGAGGGAUCUACAUUGGCUCCAUAAUGAAAGGCGGGGCGGUGGCUGCGGACGGACGCAUCGAGCCCGGAGACAUGCUGUUGCAGGUGAACGACAUCAACUUUGAAAACAUGAGCAACGAUGACGCAGUCCGAGUGCUGAGGGACAUUGUGCAUAAGCCGGGUCCCAUUACUCUGACUGUGGCCAAAUGCUGGGAUCCAAACCCACGGGGAUGCUUUGCUCUGCCAAGAAGUGAGCCAAUUCGACCCAUUGACCCUGCGGCGUGGGUGUCGCAUACCGCAGCAAUGACUGGGGUGUAUCCCGCUUACGGCAUGAGCCCCUCCAUGAGCACCGUCACCUCCACCAGCUCCUCCAUCAGCAGCUCCAUUCCGGAGACUGAGCGAUUCGAUGACUUCCACCUCUCCAUUCACACCGACAUGGCAACAGUUGCUAAGGCCAUGGCCUGCCCAGAGUCAGGCCUGGAAGUGCGAGACCGGAUGUGGCUCAAGAUCACCAUCGCAAACGCCUUUAUUGGUUCUGACGUGGUGGACUGGCUCUUCCACCACGUGGAAGGCUUCACAGAUCGCAGAGAAGCCCGUAAAUACGCCAGCAACUUGUUGAAGGCCGGCUACAUCCGACACACGGUCAACAAGAUCACCUUCUCUGAGCAGUGCUACUACGUAUUUGGAGACCUGUGUGGCAAUAUGACCCACCUGUCUCUCCAUGACCACGACGGUUCAAGUGGGGGCGCCUCUGAUCAAGACACCCUCCCCCCUCUGCCUCACCCCGGGGCAGCUCCGUGGCCGAUGCCCCUGCCCUACCAGUUCCCCAUCCCUCACCCGUACGACCUGCCGCAGCCUUUCCCCGGUGGGCCGGCUGCUGGCAGUGCAGGAAGCCAGCACAGCGAAAGCAGCGGCUCCAACUGCAGCAAGAACGAGGGACGGAAAUCUGGCGGCAGCGGCAGCGAAGCGGAGGUCAGGAGCCAGCGGGCUCCCAGCGAGCGCUCGGUGGCGCCCCCCAGCGAGCGCAGCGUCCGCAGCUCCUCCAGCCACCGCAGUGCCAACCCCCACUCCUUAGUCUACGGGCCAGGCCUGGUCUACGGGCCGCCCGGCAUGCCCCCGCAUCUGUCCACAGCCGCCCCCGGCGCCCCGCCCGGCCGGGAGGUCGCCUCGGCCCCCCCCGAGCUCACCGCCUCGCGCCAGUCCCUGCGGAUGGCCGUGGGCAACGCCGGCGAGUUCUUUGUUGACGUCAUGUGAUGAAGAGUAGCAAGAAUGAAGAUUCCAGCAGCCUCGAUCCCUAAAAGCAUGGACGCUUCUCUCCUUAGUCGCUGUGGCCAUACUUUCUUCAGUGAAGAAAACUCUUCCCUCACUCAAGAUGGAACCAAAGCGCCUCUGUCGGUUUCCGCCUCUCAGCGGGGAAGAGUUAGUGCUCGGACAAAGACCGAGCAGGGGAGGGAAUGGUGGAAACAGACAGACGGGGGGGAUGACUCAGCGCUUUUCUACGUGGAUGUUUUUUGUGUCUCUUUCCCUGCAGCCGGUCUUCCUUAUCCUGACAUUCUUUGCCAUGCGCCACCCGUCUACGGUCUUACCUCCAACAUGAACACUAACCUUUUUAAAAAAAAAGUCCUUUUAAGAGAAUUACAGACCUUCUUACUGUCCCAAUGCAUUCUUUUUUUUUUCCAAUCAUGUACGUGCUUCAACAGUCUUACCAUGUCUUUCACACUACUCUUUUAUCAAGGAAAUGCCUUUUAAUUUAUAAAUAUAGUUUUAUGACUUAACUUUA